GAGUAAAUUAUCAGCAAAAGUUUUUUUUAAAGUGAACUACUCCUUUUGGUUGAACUAUCCCUUUAAAACUUGACAGGUCUUUAGCUCUAAAUCAUUUGUAAUGUUGAAACAUUUCAUGCUCCAAUUUUGACAGUCACUUCAGAGAAAAAUGAUGGAAAAACAACUCAUUCACUUUAAAACACGUCUUUCUGACCGUGUAACUAAAGCUUGCAAUAUUUUGAACCUCUUUUCGAUUGACAACACCCACAGUAUUUAACUGUGCCAUUGAAAUGACUGAACAGGGUGUUGUUCCACACAAUAAGUGAUCAUAAAGAGCGUUGAAUCAGAUAUGCGUGACACUGAGGGACAUCUUUGUCAGGUACUAGGUCAGUGUCCCUUAUAGUGUGGGAUAAUCGUACAAUUUGUUGUUUCACAUGGAUAUGGUGUCAUUAUAAAAGGUCUAAGAGAACAGAAAUCAGCAGUUGGAGGUCAUUCAAGGCUUGAGAAGUGAGGAAUUAUCGCUGGUGAGUCUUUUUUCAAUUUCCUUCUCGUCACGUAUGUGUAAUAGGCAUUCGAGUAUCUUGUAAUACAGUAAUCAACCGAUCUCGUGAUCAGAUAUUUGUUCUGCACUCUUGAACUGUAUCAGGUUGCUAUUGUACACUUUUGAAGGAUGCGAGCAGACAUGAAGACCGUUUCAUUCUAAGCAUUUAUUACAAGCUUUCACCAUAUUUUUACUUGUGUUUCGGAUGCGUUUUUCUCGUUACAGUGCUGAAAGAAUGGCUCAGUUAUUGUGGGUAUUUCUUGUGCUCGCUGUAACGGUCAGAGAUACAUUACCACAAAGGAUCAUCGGGGGUCAAGAGGUCAUGCCUUACUCCAUCAAGUACCAGGUGUCUCUUCAGGUUGACAGGAAGCAUUUCUGUGGAGGAACCCUCAUUCAGCCUCAGUGGGUGGUGUCUGCUGCCCACUGCUGGAGACCGGCCAGUGUGAUUCAGGUGGUGCUGAGUGAGCACAGUCUCGCUGUAGAAGAGGGAUUUGAGCAGGUGUAUAACGCCUCCAGAGUCUACAAUCAUUUUGCCUACAAUCCAAGAACGUUUAACAAUGACAUCUUGCUCAUUAAGCUCAGUGUUCCCGCUCAGAUUAACGCUAAUGUUCAGCCGGCCCCACUGCCAACCGUAGACACACCUGAUUUAGUCGGAGGAAUCAGCUGCACCGUGAGCGGAUGGGGAGUGACACGACUCUACAGCUUCUACCUGUCCCCGACUCUGCGCGCGGUGGAUGUGGAGAUCAUCCCCAACUGCCAAUACUACUACUACUUUAGAGUCAACGACAACAUGCUCUGUGCAGGCUCGCGCUUCGGGGGGAAAGACUCCUGCCAGGGAGAUUCAGGUGGCCCUCUUAUUUGUGAUGGGAAUUUAGAAGGCAUUGUUUCCUGGGGAAUCGGCUGUGCUCUUCCGUACUAUCCUGGUGUCUACACUAAAGUCAGGAACUACAACCGCUGGAUCGACUGGAUCAUCUCCUCUGAGAGUUAAAACACACGUUCGGCUGAGAAUUAAGAACAAGGAUGUCAUGUAACAAUAAAUGCUACUUCAAGUACUGAUCCAUUCACAUUAUUCCAUCCAGAAUGCAGAGGCUUAAAGAGUAACAUGUACAUUUUGGACUUUUUAAAAGCAUUACAUGCUUAAAAUAACUUUAUUUUCUCUAUUACAGUACGUUUUAAAGUAACACAACUGACUGAAUAUGUUUCUCAUUUCUCUUUUGAUCUAAAAUAAAAAAAAUAACUUAAAAUCA